AUGUCGCGGUCAAGGUUUGGGACUGGUAGACCGUUUAGUUCCCCUCCAGUAAAUGGGAAGACUAGGUCAACGCCGGCACCUGCUGCAUCAGGUAGCGCGGUCUUCGAUUUUUACCCCAUGACCCCCGACGAACAACUGAGGACAUUCUUUAUUGGUAAUUUGCCAAAGGGUAUCCCCGACGAUAGAGUGAUUGCAUUUUUGGAAUUAAUAUCUGGUUUUCAGAAAUUUGUUCGUGUAACCAAUGCUAGUGGAAAACCAUUGAAUUUUGGGUUCGUAAGGUUUGCUACUCCCCCUGGUACCAAGGUCGCCCUAGACGUGCUUCCGGACGUGGAAUAUACAGAUAAUGAUGGGGCCAGGAGUAAGCUGAAACUUUCAGUUGAGUCCAACACACUUGAAUGGCUAUCUGUUAAGUUUCCGCAUAUAACGCCUGAAGUUCAUCAAGGAUCGUCUAAAAGAGAUUUAGUGACAAAGGUCAAUUUUGUAAUUUCUAAAUGGCAACAGGCAUCAAGAGAAUCAAAGAAUGACGAAAAUCCAGAAGAUUCUAUUGAUGAAGGGGAUUUGAUUGAGUUUCUUAACCAGUCUAUUAAGGGUAGUCAAAGUCAGGAAUUUGCCUCAAGUGUCAGUCCUGCAAUGGCCGACGUAUUAAGGAAAGAAAUUAAAGCUUUCAGAGAACAGGCGUUACGACUUGAAAAGGCAAGGAUUUUAGAGACGGAGGCCUAUGAAAGAAAAAAACAGCAAGAAUUGGAAGAGAAGUCUGCUAAGUUGCUUCAAGGCAGCUUAGAAAGUAAGGCCACAAAUGGAGACUCAAUUAUUACUAGCAGUGAACUGGGUCCUUUAAUGAAAGAAUUUGAAGAAUAUGAUCUCUCAGAGGAAGAGCUGCCUCUGGUGGACGAUGAGGGUAAUAAUGAGCAACGAGAUUUGAAACUUGAAACAAAGCAGCUUGAGAGAUCCCGCGAGGAUCGAGAGCGGCUUUUCAGAAAACGCCAAGAGCGCUGGGUUAAUCGUGAACUUGCUCACUUGGAAGCUGUGAAACGGGAAAAGGAACGUGAGUCGAAUAUGGAAGAACGACUUAAGACGGCACAAGAAAAUGCAUUGCGAGAAUAUGCCUCGUUUUCAGAUUAUGAUCCCCAAAGUAUGCAAAAAUACGACUAUUACUCUGAUCAUGCGCAUUGGUCUAAGGAAAGAAAUUCAUAUCGACGAAGAGAAAUUGAACGUGAUAACAAUGAUAUCGAGGAUGAGAGGAAAGAAAAUGAGGCUCUUCCAGACACCGCUAUACGGACAACUGCUGUCAACAAAAAGAUCUCUCUAUCCUUAUCUACAGCGAAAGAUCGCAAACAAGUUGAAAAACCAGUGCAGCCUCUUAAAGAUAAUGAAGUUAAUGCCAGUGAAAUCAUUGCUCAAUUGAAAAACGAUAUUGAGAAUAAGGAGAAUAUAUUUGACUGGGACGUCCAGUGGGAUUCUUUAACGGAAGACAUUUUGUCAAAUACCUUGCGGCCAUUGGUUGAAAAUCAAAUUUUAGAGUAUCUCGGUAUACAAGAAGAAGACCUCGUGAAUUUUGUAUUGGAUCAUCUCCGUUCGCAUAAGCCUGCUGGGGAGCUGGUGUCGGAACUAGAAAUGACACUCGACGAGGACGCCCCUGUUUUUGUACGAACCUUAUGGAAGCAAUUGAUUCUUGAAAUUGAAAUGGAGAAGCGACUGAAACCAACCAACUGA